AUGGCCGUAAUGUCGGCUUUGCCCCAACCUGCGGGCUCCGAAAAAAGGGAGGUCUUUUGGAGCGACAGCCCUUCGACACGGACAUCCUGGACCACCACGUCUGAAGAGGCGUCGCCCCGUCUUUCCGGCGAGAGGCGAUCAGCACUUGAAGACAGGCUGUGGAAAAGCCAGGAGCAGUGUCGUCGGCAGAAGGGCCAGCGCUCCGCCCUGCGUGCGCAGCUGCGACGUCAGCAUCAGAAGCUUCAGAGCGAGUUGGAUGGCGAAACCCGUCGGCGCCACGAUGCGGAGCGCAAGCAGCGCGAAGCAGAGGCCGAAGCCGCUGUGCGGGUGGCCUCCGUGAUGCAGUCGCUUGGGGCAGCCCAGCGCAAGUGUCAGGAUGCGGAGUGGUCGUACUUCGAUCUUUGCAGGCACAUGCACGCACAGUCCGCCCUGCUGGCGAACGAGAGGGCGCGGGCGGACGCCCUCACGGCGGAGCUGCAGGCCGAGCGCUCCUGGUGGCUCUGGGCCCAAGAAGAGAGCAGUCGCUGGUGUGGUGGGCUCCAGGAGCAGCUGUGCUCGAGCCAGGGCCGCGUCGAGGAGCUGGAGAAGCAGUUGAGGCGCUCCGGCGAUGAGCGGGAGGCGCACGUGGCGAGCUGCCGGCGGCUGCAGGAGGAGAACCUCCAGCUGGCGAAGCGGCUGCAGGAACUGCAGACUGAGAGCCAAGAACAGACUGCACCGCAACCCAACUCGCGCAAGAGCCUGGGUGGCGAGUCUGCGUCCACGGCGACCACAUGCGAGGGCCCGCAAAGCGACCCUGAGAGCGGCGGUGAGAGCGAGGAUAAUCUCUGGGAGGAUGGCGGCUUGGAGCAGCAGUCUCCGUUCUGCAAAGCGUGCGAUGCAUCCUCCCCGUUCUUGCAGGGAGUGCUGGACUGUCUUUCCGUGUCAGAGAUAAUGUGCUGGCGCGUGACCUCGUGGCAGGCCUGGGAUGCCAAGGCGUUGGUGCUUCACCUUUCCGAGUGGGGCAGCUUCAGCAGGAGCUCAUCGCAAGAACCCCUUUCUUAG